CUCAGCUAGGGGUGAAUCCAGGCAGCUGGAUUUACUUGGCUUUAAGCUCUCAGGCCCCUCCCCGGGGGCUUUUCUGGGAACGUGGGGGUGCCCCCUCAGUGCGGCUCCUCACGCAGGUCCUCCUCUUCGUCCCUUCCUCUCUUAGGCACUUUCCUCGGUCCCGCCUCGUCCCUGCCCCGUGGGCUGACGUCACGAGGGACCUCUCGGGUCUUCCCAGCCCAAGGCUGCCCUCGGGUGGCUCCGGAGAGCGCGCGGGGCGGCGAGGUGCUGGCAGGCCUGGAGGUGCCCAUGCCUCCCCUCGAUGUGCUGAGGAGGUGCAGCGCAAGACAGAGCUGUGCCCCACACGCCCACUGGUGGCCCCCAAGAGCCCUGCCUAUCACCCUGAGGGACAGUUCCAUAGGAGACCCUGGCUGUCCCCAGGACGGCUCAUGGGCAGCAACAGGGGCUCCCGGAAGUGGCCAGGCCCCGCCUGCCUGCCAUGCUGCCCUGUAGGCCGGCCCAGGAGUUCAGCUUCGGGCCUCGCGUGCUGCGGGAUGCCCUGGUCUCCAGCGACGCAGGACUGCAGCAGUGCUAUGCUGCCGCCUUCUCCCUGGCAGAGCGGCUGUUCCUGGCUGAGGCCUACAACCCACACAGGACCCUCUUCCAUCCGCUGCUCAUCUACUCAGCCUUCGACUGGCUCCUGAGCCGCCCUGAGGCCCCUGAGGACUUUGCUACCUUCCACGCCACCCUGCCACACCGCCUACAGAGUCUGGCACGGAAGCACAUUUACCUGCAGCCCAUAGAUCUAAGUGAGGAGCCGCUGGGCUGCCCCCUGCUGGACUGCCUGCGGAGCUGCGCCGAGGCCUUCUUCCUGGGCCUGCGGGUCAAGUGCCUGCCCUCGGUGGCGGCUGAGUCCAUUCGCUGCUCCUCACGCCCCCGCCGGGACUCAGCCGGGCUGCAGCUGCAUACAGCGCCUGCCUUCCCCGCAGACGGCAUCCUGUCCUUCCUGAAGAACAACAAGCCGGACGACGCACUGUGCGUGCUGGGCCUCACAUUGUCAGAUCUGUACCCCUGCGAGGCCUGGAGCUUCACCUUUAGCACCUUCCUUCCAGGGCACGAGGUGGGCAUCUGCAGCUUUGCCCGGUUUGCGGGGGAGUUCUUGCAGCUGGCGCCCAGCGCUCCUGAACUGGCCCCGGUGGAGGCGGCGGUGGAUGGCCCUGAGGUCCUGCUACAGGAUGGUGGCCAGAGGCUAUGCUUCAGCGCCCUGGGGAUGGUACAGUGCUGCAAGGUCACCUGCCAUGAGCUCUGCCACCUGAUGGGCCUGGGGAACUGUCGCUGGCUGCGCUGCCUCAUGCAGGGGGCACUCAGCCUGGACGAAGUCCUGCGGUGGCCCCUGGACCUUUGCCCCAUCUGCCUGCGGAAGCUACAGCACGUCCUGGGCUUCCAGCUCCUGGACAGGUACAAGAGACUCCACACUUGGACUCAGGCAGUAGCGGGGACAUGGCCCAGCCCGGAGGCCGGAGAGCCGUCUGUGUCCGAGACCACCCUGCCUGUCAGCGCUGACUCAGGCAUGUGCUGUGAGAGCGACUCAGAGCCCGGCACCAGCCUCUCAGAGCCUGGCACACCUGACGUGUGGAGUCAUGCUUUCCUAGAGGGCCCAGAGGAUGAGCUGAGCUCCCUGGAGGCCGCGGAGGUGCUGCCAAGGCUUGGGGGCCCCAUGGAGGCCAUCGAAGAGCACGGACGGUGGCUGGCCACAUGCAUUGAGGCUCUGGAGCGGGAGGUGGCUGAGGAGGAACUGGCACAGGUAGACAGGGCUGUGGAUGCCCUGGAGCCGUGGGAAAUGUUCACGGGGCAGCUCCCAGCCACCAGGCAGGACCGACCCUGUGGCAGGGACAGUGCGGGGCUGCGCAAGGUCCUGGGGGACAAGUUCUCCUCCCUGAAACGGCGCCUGAGUGUGCGCAGGGUCUCCAAGGUGGAGACCUCCCCCUGUCGCUGGGAGGGGGAGGAGCAGUAGUGUAGUGAAGUGGCCUGCAGGGUUGAAAGCUCCCUUCCAGAAGCUGAGCAGGUGCCACCUGUGGGCACCUUAGGUCCCUGAGUGCACUCUGGCCAUGUGCACCUGUGGUGCAGCACCCUCAGCCUUCCCCCUCAGGGCCCUAGUGACCGUCCAGGGGCUUGGCAGCUGCCCACCCACUUCCUGGGGGAAGCGAUGGUUUGUUUCUGUGGUGCCCUGGCCACACGCAUGGUCACGUACUGUGGCUGGAGCAGUGUUCGGUCCUUGGAACUCCAAGGCAUCGCUACAUGGGCGGAGCCAGGGCCCACUGGGCCUGUGGUUUCUCCGACAGCUGCUGCACAAGAGGAGAGCAUCUAGUUUUCAGGGCUGAGGAUGGGAAAGAAGAGGAACUUGUUGUCCUGGGAGACCUCUGUAUGCCGUCACUGGCAGUGGUGGAAACAGACUGCAGUGACAUUUGGGGGGAAGUUUUCUGACAAAGGCGGCUACACUGUUGAUACCAGUUAGGCCAAGGCUGGGAUGGGCGUCCAGCUCAUCCGUCUUUAUAGAUAUUUUGUUCUGUGGUCUGCUUCUAUCAGUUCCUCCAGAGGGGUGUUAAAAUCCAUCACAGCUGUAGAGCUGUCUGCCUCCCUUCACUCCGGUGUCACAUAUUUUGAAGCUCUUGCGUGCACACACUCAAUUGUGUUCCCGAAGUGGCCAGUCAUCAUAGGUGUCCCAGCCUGCAGUAUCAGAGUCACAGGGAGAGACGCUUCUGUGGCAGAAUCCUUGGCUUUCCCUCCUGAGAAGAGCUGAGAGCAGCUCGUGCAUCUGCUGGAUGGGGAGCUCAGACAGCUUUGAGGCCACAGUAGGAAUAUAAGAUUAGCAGGACCCGGCAGGGGAGGGGCACUGAUGCCUCCCUGUGAUCCUGACAGGGGCCUGGUGGUGUAGUCCUGGUCCCCACGUCCAGCCUGGGCAGAGGGAGAGGAGAGACUCACAGCUUAGCAGCUCCACAGGCCCCUCAUCGGGUCCCUGCUCUGUUCUGGCUCGAGACUGCCCCACCGUCAGGAGGUCACUGGGACAGGGUGAAGGGGAGCCAGUGACAAGCCAGGUCUUUUAAGAAGUGAGCCCCAGGGGAUGCCAGCAGUGGGCAGCACGGCAGAGUGGAAGGCCAGACCCAGACGCCUGUUGCUGCCAACAAACUAUAACCACUGCCCGGGAAUCCAGUUUGGGCAGAGCGGGGUGGGGAGGUGGCCACAAGCACAGCCGGAACCCCAGGUUUCAGUUCAGGGGCAGGGGCCUGGGCCUCCUUAUUACAGGGCGUAGCCCUCCUGACUCAGCUUGGAGUUCCAGGGUGUCAUUUCUGCUCCCCAUCUGGGCAGUCACUGAGCCCUCUGUGGGUUCCCAGGGAGGGGACAUAGCCUGUACCCCCAAGUGGGCGGUGGCAAGAUUCUGGCGGUGUGUGGGAGAUGGGCGAUGAGUGCGGUGGCCAUUUAUGACCCAGGGCCCCAUGGGGGUGGGGGUGCGGGGCCUGGCUGUGGCUUCCAGCCCUGCACCAUGGUCUGCUCGUUUUCAGUUUCCUCUGUCCUCUGUGAAAGAAUUACUGGAAUGAGAUAAAGCAGAGCUGGUAAGGUACAGCACUCCAGGAACAUGGGGCCAGGUACACGGCUCCCGUCCUCAGCGCUGUCUGCCUGAGCCCGAGGCCUUUGGCGCUCACCUGUGAUUCCCCAGAGCAGAUUGGGAGUGGAAGGUAGUAGCAUCAGGGAAAACCUUUUACCCAUAGACUUUUCAAAGAUUGGUGAGCUCUGAAAGCAUAACUUUAGGGACAACCAUGUUUUUCUUCUCUGCCUGCCCGUCAGCCCUAGGUUCUGUCCAGGACAAGUAAAGAGCAAAUGGGGACGAGUGGCAUGGGAGGGCAGAGGAGGUGACAGUGAGUGCUACUGUGUCAGUAAAGCCGAGUCUCCCAAAUCUUCCUAAAGUCCUGCAGCCUGAGGCAGGACGCCGCUGUGCGCCGAGAUGUACAGAAGACGUACAGAAGGUGGUCUCUGCGAGCGCGGGGCCAUGUGGGCUUUCAAUUUCUUUUCCGUUUUUGUGAUACUGGGGAUUAAACCCAGGGCCUUCACACUGAGCUACAUCCCA